AUGGUUAUCCUGGGAAAAUCUCUGCUGGAGCCACCGUCCCAAGUGGUACCUCUUGGCCACAUUGGGGAGGGGUGGCUAACGAUAAGCGGUACAGUCACAGAACCACCCUGUUCCCCAAACGAACUCGGCCAUAAGCCCCUCUUAGCUGCCCCCUCCUUCUCCCACUCCAGCCCCUUCCUUCCCCCACUCCUGCCCCCUACUUCUCCCACUCGUGCCCCUCCUUCUCCCACUCGUGCCCCCUCCUUCUCCUUCUCCCACUCCUGCCCCCUCCUUCUCCCACUCCUACCCCUCCUUCUCCCACUCCUGCCCCCUCCUUCUCCCACUCCUGCCUGUCUUCUCCCACUCCUGCCCCUCCUUCUCCCACUCGUGCCCCCUCCUUCUCCCACUCGUGCCCCCUCCUUCUCCCACUCCUGCCCCCGUCUUCUCCCACUCCUGCCCCUGUCUUCUCCCACUCCUGCCCCUCUUUCUCCCACUCGUGCCCCCUCCUUCUCCCACUCCUGCCCCCUCCUUCUCCCACUCCUGCCCCCUCCUUCUCCCACUCCUGCCCCUGUCUUCUCCCACUCCUGCCCCCUCCUUCUCCCACUCCUGCCCCUGUCUUCUCCCACUCCUGCCCCCUCCUUCUCCCACUCCUGCCCCCUCCUUCUCCCACUCCUGCCCCCUCCUUCUCCCACUCCUGCCCCCUCCUUCUCCCACUCCUGCCCCCUCCUUCUCCCACUCCUGCCCCUGUCUUCUCCCACUCCUGCCCCUGUCUUCUCCCACUCCUGCCCCCUCCUUCUCCCACUCCUGCCCCCUCCUUCUCCCACUCCUGCCCCUGUCUUCUCCCACUCCUGCCCCUGUCUUCUCCCACUCCUGCCCCCACCUUCUCCCACUCCUGCCCCCUCCUUCUCCCACUCCUGCCCCUCCUUCUCCCACUCGUGCCCCCUCCUUCUCCCACUCCUGCCCCCUCCUUCUCCCACUCCUGCCCCCUCCUUCUCCCACUCCUGCCCCCUCCUGCAGACUGCUUCAAUCUAA